AUGUUCGGACGAGGGAAAAGUAGUCUCUCGAAGCCAAAAAAGGUCCAUUCUCUUGAAAAUUUGAAAUAUCUUCACUCCGUGUUACAAAAGAAUCGAGCUGUUAAUGAACAAAACUAUGGGAUACUAGUUGAAGCUCUUCGAUUAAUUGCAGAAAUUUUAAUCUGGGGUGAUCAAAAUGAUAGUUCAGUCAUGGACUUUUUUCUUGAAAAGAAUAUUCUGGAGUACUUUUUGCAGUAUAUGAAACAAGAUUUAAGUCGAAGAAUAUGUGUUCAGUUACUACAAACUUUAAAUAUCUUAUUUGAAAAUAUAACAAAUCAAACAGCUAUCUAUUACCUUCUGUCAAACAAUCAUACAAAUGCUAUCAUUACGCAUCGUUUUGAUUUCACCGACGAAGAAGUGAUGGCUUAUUAUAUUUCCUUUCUAAAAAUAUUAUCCUUUCGUCUCAACGUAAAUACCAUCAGCUUUUUCUACAUUGAGUCUCGUCGAGAGUUUAAUUUAUAUGUUGAAGCGAUUAAAUUGUUCGCUCACCCGGAGGGUAUGGUUCGUAUUGCUGUACGUACUAUCACUCUAAAUGUACAUAAAGUUAAAGAUGAAGCUGCUUUGGAGUUUAUUCACCAUCAGACUUCAUUAAUUUACUUCUCACAUCUUGUGUGGUCAAUAGGUAAUACAAUAUUAGAUAUUGAUUGUCAUAAGUGUCAAACUAAGUUGAAAGAUUUAGUUGCAGAGCAUAUUGAUCAUUUACACUACAUAGAUGACUUGUUGUCACUGGGUAUAGAAGGUUUAAAUGAAGUACUGUGUGACCAGUUACUGAGGAGAUUAUUUAUACCAUUACAUAUCUACUCCUUAUUGAAGCAAUACAAGUCGGAUGCAACAACAAAUCUAGGGACAGUUCGUAGACCUCGUCUAUCCUAUUCCGUGACAGUGUUUACACUAAUUCAUGUGUAUUUAUUUCUACGUGAUACUCGACUAAUCUGUUUACUUACGGAAGCUAUUCUAAUUGGCGAUCUCACAUUGCCUGGCUUAAUAAUACCUUGUAAUAUACCAUGUUCCAAUUCACAAAUUGUCUUCAAUGACCCCACAACUCAGGAUUGUUCUGUAAGUUUUCAAAGAAAUUUAAAUUACGAGGAGACUGAUGAUACUGCACCUGAUGAUGAUCCAGCAAUGAUCAUUGCUAAAACGUUAAUUGCUGCCACUGUGUCUUUACGAGCUUCUGACCAAGCAGCACCUGGGCAAAGAUUAACUACCUACUUAAUACAUUCAGUGACAUCCAAAAAUCCAUUGAUAUUUUCUCAACCUAGUGAAUCAUUAGAACAUGGAUUAACUCAAGCGAAAGGUGUAACACCGACAUUGAUGUCUGUUCUAUGGCCACCCAAUGUGGCUCCACUAAAACUAGUGGAGAAGAAUACAGAAACUCACGUUCAGUCAUCCAUUUCUUCAAAUCCAUGUGAAAAACGCUCAUCUGAUCUGUCACCAGGCGGUUCACAAAUACAAUCUCCUAACAGCUGUAAAGAUUCGUAUGCAUCUAUUGAAAAAUCCCAGUUAAAAUUGAAGAUUCAUCAUCUAAUUCAUCAGUCGUUUUUGAACAAAACGAUAAAACGAUCGAUGCUGACUUAUCAAAUCUAUCUGGCCGUGUUUUUUUUAAGAUCUUUAUUUCGUUCUUUGGAAAUUGGUUCCGGUUCAGAUCAAGAUGCUAUAUUCUCUAUUCUCCUUUUAUUCGCUAUAAAAUCAAAUAAAGGUGUUGAUUUGGCUACUUUGAAACUUGCCCAAUUAAACGGUCCCGAUAUAAAAAAUGAACCAUCGUAUAAUUAUACACUUGUCACAAAGCUUAUUGAAUUAAUUGGUGACGCAUGUAAAGCUGAAAGUCGUAUUCGUUUAAUCACUGUACGAAUGGCUAUUCGUUUGCUAACAGACUUAGUAUAUAGCGUCAAUUGUGGUUGUCAAUUAUCCGAUCAACAUUUCGCUGAAAUUAUUAAUGCUCGCGAAGAAGCGAUGCUUGUAUUAAGGAGCUAUUUUGAGAAAUCUGGGAGGCUUCAUCAGUCAUACUGUAUUGUAGCUUCAUUGACCGGUGUGUUUGAUUGUUAGAUAUUUUGAAUAUUGGUUAUUCAAAGGUUUGAGAAAAUAAAAUGGUAUUUACGAAUACUUUGGAUAAAAUUCUACUGUUUAUCACAUACUCUGCUAUGUUCAGCGUAUCGUUUAAAGUAAUCUUGACAAUCGGACCAUGAAUUGUCUGAUAAACGAGAAUCUACUACUGUUGGCAAAUUUGCAAGAGUUGACUGGGUUUGAAAAUACCAA